AUGGAAUUUCUCUUGGAGAAGACCGUCAACCUGUCCAUGGUCAGACUGGGUGGAAUAGAUGUAAAGAAGGAGAUCACGUCAAAUGACAAUGUCGCCUCGUCUGCCUCCACUUCCAAGUGUCGGAUGCGGGUCACGAAUCACGUAGCAGACUUUACCAUCCUUGGUAAGGAAGCACAGCCGCUGGUAAAGCAACUUUGA